GUAAGUUAGGUUGAGUUGAGCUUAGAUGAUUCAGUGAUCUUAAGAUUAGCGGAAUGAUGUAUUAUUUAGGAGAUUUAAGAGCAAAAAGUGUAAUUAGUUAAGUGUGGUGAGUUUAUAAGUGGUGAAUUUAGGUGUGGGGAGUUUUCAUGAUAUUUUAAAUAUUAUAUAAACAUAAUAUUGUCAUAAAAUAAGUAAAUAAUAUAUUGGUGAGAAAUGCUGAAUUUGCCUGUUUUGAGUUAGAUUAUUGAACUUAGUUUUUGUGAUAAGCUGAAUUAUGUUAGCUUUAAGAGUAUAAGUUGAAUUAGUUAAAUUUUAUGAACUUAAAUUUGGUGGGUUUCUUUGAUACUAUGUAAACAUAGAAAUGUAUUUAAUUAAAUUAGUAAGUAAUACGCUAGUGACAUUUGGUGAAUUUUCCCGUGGUGAUUAGGUAUGCUGAAUUAAGUAUUGGUGAUUCAGUCGUCUUAAGUUUAACUAACUUAUGUAAGCUUUAAGAAAGUAAUUAUCAUUAGUUAGAUAUGGUUAAUUUAAAAGUGGUAAGUGACAAAUGUGAGGUGAGCUAGGUAUGUUGAAUUAAGUCAUGAUAAUACAGAAGACUGAAUGAAGUUUAGCUGAAUUAGAGCUUUAAGAGAAUGUUAUUAGUUACAAGUGGUGAAUUAAGGUGUGGUGAAUUUCUUUUUGCUUCAGAUAUCAUGUUAAUGUAAAAAUAUAAGUAAAUCAGUUAAUAACAUGUUGCUUAGAUGUGGCAAAUUUGGCUUUGUCAUUUAGUCAUCUUAAUAUAAGUGAAGUUAUGUAAGCUUUAAGCGGAAAAAUUUCAUUAGUUAGGUGUGGUGAAUAUAGAAAUGGUGAGUUUAAGUGUGGUGAGUUUUUUUAUUCUUUAUUUCUUUCUACACAGAUCUGUGAUGCUGAUCUUGAACUAUACUCUUUUCUUCAAUCAAAUUGCUCACAAGCUAUAAGCGGGACUAAGAGAGACUUAAAAAUAUAAAUAUAAGUCUCAAGUUAUAUAUUUCAGACUAUAAGCACUAUUCAUUUAGAGUAACAAUUAUGCAUUUUAUACUUUAAGCGCCUAAAAUGGUCGCCUGAGUGUAUUUGGUUUCGAUACUUGUCUGGUAAAAUCAGAAAAAUAACCGGUAAUUCUUGUUUUUGUAGUAAUAGAUAAGUAUAUAGUAUGUAGAUAAGGAUCUCAAAGGGUUUGAAUUCCAAGCCCUUGCGCACUUAAAAAAUUGUCUUCUGUUAAACAUUUCGUUCUUCAAGGAUCGUUUUCCUAUGUAUGUAUGUACUUAUAUAAUUCCUUGGACUUCCGUUGUAUUUGUACAUAUACAUACAUAUAUACCGGUUGUGAAUACCCUUAGUCCCCUCCAUCUUUUGUGCUCUCCAACGAAUAUACACAACAAAAACAAUCAAAAAUUUUCCAUCAAAUUUUUUUUUUUUUGAAAAUUUGAUUAUCAAGAAAUAAUGUAAACUUCAAAAACGCACUGCGAAUACACAGGCGAUGGAACCAAGUCGCACGAGAGUUUGCAUUUGUUAUUUAAUAUCGACAUUUUUAAUUGGUUUCUUCAUCUACAUACUGGUCUCGAGUAAUUUGGAGAAUAGACGCAAAUUCGGCCGAUUGCGUGAGGAGGUCGACGAGAUAGCGCACGUUGUGCUGCACACGGCGCCGGGGCAAGGUGACACAAAGCACUUAAAUGAGAUCGUUGACGGCAUACUGAAGAAGCGACUGGCCGGCAUCUGGGAUGACUUGUACACGAUGAAAAAGCAAUUGCGGCUCACAGAAUGUGCCGGCCGCACGACAACGACCGCAAACACCAUGACGGCAGAGGGUGAGGGCGGCGCCUUAAUGGAGCGCACUGUGCCGGCGCGUAUCAACUAUGCGGCGGAGGAGUUGGGCGCCAAGGUGCAGGAUGUGAACGCCGAGCCGCUGGAUGGCGGCAAUCUGGUGCGAUCAGUGCUCGGGCUGCAGUACAGCGCAAAUCCGCCUAUAAAUAUGCUAAGGUCCGGCAUGGAACCAGGCAAUUGCUUCGCUUUCAAGCGCGCGAAGGCGGUGGUGACCAUCAAGCUGGCGCAGGCGAUAUUUGUGGAGAGUUUCGAGUUGGCGCAUCUGUGCAAGGACAAUGCGCCCAAUAAUGAUACAACGAGUGCGCCGAAGGAGUUCGAAGUUUACGGCAUCACCGCUACUUCAUCGAAAGAAGCGAAAUUUGGUGACUUCACCUACACAAAUCAGCAUCCGCCUGCGCAGAAUUACGAGGUGAAGAGUGAAUGCAAAUACCUUUACAUGCGCUUCAAGUUCAAGUCGAAUCAUGGGCAUCCGGAAUACACCUGCAUCUAUCGCAUUGCAGUCUAUGGGCGUAGUCAGAAGUGAGCAAUAGUUGGCGCGUUUUCGAGCAGUAAGCAGCUAAAUGGCAACAGGCUUUAAGAUCAUUCACAUAUUUAUAGGUUUUAUCCCUCAUAUAGGGUAUAUAAUAUACACAUGUAUGUAUGUAUAUGCGAUAAAUAGUAUUUAUUACAACUUUUUUAUGACUCAGGUAAAAUAUUUGUUAAAGAAAAUUGUUAACUUUUCUUGCUUACACUUAUGUUUGGUAUAUUUUUUAGACCAUUAUUAAAACCUAUACUGAGAAAAACAUUUUUCUUUUGCAUAAGUGCUAUGUGAAUUGUAUUUUU